ACGAACGACGAGUGCGCCAGACAAGCUCCUGCAGGUGCCCAUUAGUUGCCGCUUCGCGUUUGGUACAUUGAUCGGCGCAAGCUUCACUACGUCGUUGCGGGGAAACUAGCAGGAAGGUCGCAUCUGACCAAGCUGUCCGGGACAGUCUUCUACCCUCAGUUCACUGCAGUGAACACCAUCGUAACAGCUGCUCAAGAUGGCGCGACCUUUGGAAGAUGUGUAUUGCACACUUCUCAUGAGCGACUCUUAUUUACCAGGAGCCACUGUCCUCGCCCACUCUCUGCGCGAUGCCGGGACUAAGAAGAAGCUGGCUGUGAUGAUCACAUUGGAGUCGUUAUCAGCCGAGACCGUCGCCGAGCUCAAGUCGCUGUACGACUACGUAAUCCCCGUCGAGCGUAUACGCAACUCAAACAUGGCCAACCUUUACCUCAUGGGCCGCCCCGACCUUUCGUAUGCCUUUACCAAGAUCGCUCUGUGGAGACAGACACAGUUUCGUAAGAUCGUAUACCUCGACGCCGACGUGGUAGCAUUGCGCGCGCUGGACGAGCUGUUCGACAUCGAGGCUCCUUUCGCUGCCGCGCCGGACAUUGGUUGGCCCGACGCCUUCAACAGUGGUGUUAUGGUCCUCAACCCGGACAUGGGCGAAUACUGGUCGCUCCAUACAAUGGCUGCUGCUGGUGAGAGCUUCGACGGCGCUGAUCAGGGACUGUUGAAUCAGUACUAUGAGCAUCGCCCAUGGCAGCGCCUCAAGUUCACAUACAACUGCACCCCAAACGCCGAAUACCAAUGGGAGCCAGCAUACAGAUACUACAAACGGGACAUCAGCGCUGUGCACUUCAUAGGCAAGGAUAAACCGUGGUCUAAGAACCGCGCAGCAGGCCAUGGUGUGUAUGGCGAGCUUCUGGCGCGAUGGUGGGCUGUACACAAUAGGCACUUGCAUGAUGCAAAAAGACAGCAGCAACAGAGUAAGGUUGCGGGGGAGGCGCACGGCAGCACGCACAUCAACACCAACACUGCCUUGCAGCAUCAGCCUAUCCCUGAUAUUACUAUCAAUGAACCCGCCCCGACCGCCGAGCCCUCUAUGACCGACCCUAGCGAUCUAGCUGAGGAUAUUCACCAGGGCUUGAUCGAACCGACAUCUACAGCAGAGCAACGCAGAUUCUCUGCUCCAGUAAUGGAAUGGGAUGCUACCAAAUUCGAACCGCCAGCGCAGUCCAAGCCUGAGGCUGCCAAUUUCCCAAGCGAAACGUACACCUUCAAUGAUAGCAAGCAGCUGUUCAAGGCACCGGCAUACCCUGAGCCACCCAGUGACAUGUGGUACAAGAUUCCAGAGUCUAAAUCAACGCCCUGGGAAGCACCUAAGCCCAUCUUCCCUUGGGAGAGGGAGGCCUCACGACCCAAAGCUACACGCGUCUUUGCAGAAGAUCAUCCACCAGAGCCCCGCCGCGCACAUAUGCCGGCGCCGGCACCAGCAGCAGAGACAUCGGAGUUCGAGGCUUCACCGCCUUCGUCACAAUUUCCAACGACUCAUUACGAAAGUGCUCAGGAUCAAUGGACACGAGCAAAGCCUACCAGAGUCUGGAGGGAUGAUCCUCAGGAAUACAAGCCAAGGACUGCUGAGGAGUCGUGGCAAGCGUUCUCGCAGAAUACUGCUAAUGCAUGGGAUAGUGUCCCAGGGAUUGACUCCUAUGUGCGGUCAAUUAUGGAUUCGCAGCCCAAACGUGGGAAGGUUCAGAUUCUGCAGCAGACGACCGGCACAGAUGACAUAGGAUCGCCGACGCUAUCUCGUAAAGACCGUCGCGAGAGUCUGAUCCUGACUGAUUUCCCGUCUGCGGUGGAACGUCCCAGCCUGCCCGUCACCCCAGCACCUCUGCGGCGUCCUACCUUCUGGGGCGAAGAGAGGGAUGAGGCUGGUGAACUUCCUGUGGCGGAAGGAGUGCCAGAACAAAACGAAUGGGUAUGUCCACAGUGCGGCUUCUCCUCCUUGAAUGCGUCCGCUUUUGCUCGCCGCCGCGACUCAUUUGCCUCUGUCAACGAAUAUGUCAAACCUCACUUGUCCACUGUUGAAUCUAUCAUCGAUGCCCCAGACUCCAGUCACCUUGAAAGAGAAGAAACAGUGGACCUGAGAGACGACAUCCCGCUCGUUAAAGAACAGGUAGUGGCCCGCGAGGCUUUCGAAGAAUCAGCGGAAGAGGUACAGGAUACGACAGAGAUAGAGGCGAAUCCUCGCGGCGGACUGAGCGCUACCGGCGUCCCUUUGGUCUCCUUGACGGACCCACAACAUUUUCUAUUUCAACUCUAACUGUGUCUCAAGAAUCCCGACGUAAAGCUAGAGCAGCUGAGAAGAUCAUCGCUGGUCGAGUUCGAACACCUCACAAAGGAUGAACACCCGAACCCACC